GGUGGCCUCUUUUCAAUUUGGAGGGCCUCAAUUAAAUUCGUCACACCUUAUGUCAGUCACACUCUAUUAUUGAAAUUUUUUGACCUGGAUUCAUGGAGUAGCAUCUCUCCCUCUCUUCCUUAAAAAAAGUAUUGUUUGAACUUUGACCAGCACUCAACAAACACUCGUAUAUAAACACUCCAACACUCCCCCAAUCCAAAAUCAAAAAUUCAAAAUUCAAAAUCCAAAAUCCAAAAUCCAAAAUCCAAAAUCAAUCUCCUCUUUCUUCAACCCUAAAUCAAAUUUAAACAAUGGCAGCAGCAUGCGCAUCAAAUCCCCCCUCUUCUCUAUGCAACCGGAUCAAAUAUUACUGCGAUUCAUCAUCUCCAUACACCAAAAAUCUCAAUAAUUGCUGCAAAAUCAGCCCUGGUGAAGACGAAAUAUGGUGUCAAAUUAGACAAGAAGCAGAAUCUGAUAUGAAACACGAACCCUUGCUAUCAAAUCUCUACCAUUCCGCAAUCCUCUCUCACUCCACACUCGAGAGCGCGCUCUCCAACCACCUCGCUCUCAAGCUCUCCACCCCCUACCUCUCCACCGCCGCCCUCGCCGCCGCAUUCCACAGCCUGCUCGAAUCCGCCGCGAUCCGAAUUGCAGUCAGAUGCGAUCUCGCGGCGGUGCUCGAGCGCGACCCCGCCUGCCUCGGCUACGCGCACUGCUUCCUCAAUUUCAAGGGAUUCCUCGCGUGCCAGGCGCACAGGCUGGCGCACAAGCUCUGGAUCGACGGCAGGGCCGCGGCGGCGCUGCUCAUCCAGAGUAGGGUUUCGGAGGUGUUCGCGGUGGAUAUACACCCCGGAGCGGCGAUUGGGGGCGGAAUCGUGAUGGAUCACGCCACCGGAGUUGUGAUCGGAGAGACGGCGGUGGUCGGAGACUACGUCACGAUUUUGCACGGUGUGACGUUGGGGGGGACGGGGAAGGAGGGGGGUGAUCGGCAUCCGAAGAUUGGAGAUGGAGUUAUGAUUGGUGCUGGGGCAAAAAUUCUAGGGAAUAUUGUGAUCGGUAAAAAUGCGAGGAUCGGCGCCGGAGCGGUGGUUUUGAAGGAAGUUCCGGAGGGUGCGACGGCGGUGGGAAAUCCGGCCAGAUUAGUUGGAUUCAGGGGAAUUCAGGAUGCUUAAUUAGGCCAAUAUAUAUAUUUUUGUUUAAACUAAAAUACGAGUAUAGUAACUAAGCAUCCGCAGCGGCGGACGUCCCGGCGGAUGUCAGACCGGCAUGCCGGACGUUCAACCAGGACGUCCGCCAUUGUGUGCAUGUGACGCGGAUACGGACAUCUUUAAUUUGUUUAAAUCCAUAAAUUGUUUAAUUUGUGAAUUUGUGAAUUUUUAUUAACGUGAGAAGUCCGUCGGGAUGUCCUUGGGGAUGUCCGUCACUGUACAGUGAGAUGUCCGUAUGACGUGGCAUCCGCAGUAGUAAGUCUCUAUGACUUGACAGUAAAUGUUUUUGAGAUGUCCGCAGGGAUGUCCCGGCCCCACAGGGACAUCCGCACCCCUGCGGAUGCCCUUAGUGCGGAUGCCCUUAGUAUUCCACUUACGUUCAACUUUUGAAUUUAAAAGGUGUUUAGAAAUAGUAACGAAUACAUCGAGUAUCUAAAAUUACACAGCAUUACUCAAUCGACGUGUAGCUGAAUCAUUAUUUUGAUUGUCAGAAAUUUUUUGCACAUUAGUACCAGUAA